CAGGCGUUCAAUCUACCACGUCUGCAGCCCUCAUCGUUCUGCCGUUCGAUGCAGAGUGCAGGGCGCUGGCAUAUCCCUCGGUCGGCGGACUUUGCGAGUCUGGUACUCUGAAUCCUUACCUCUCAGAUCGGUUACGUCGAACCAGGAUUUUCCGUAACCGCGAGAACUCAUAAAAGUGAAUGUUUCGAACAUCCGUUUUGAAGUAGAGACAUCGGGAUUGAUCUGAUAUCCGACAGAGCCCGCUCAUCCGCAACCGCCGCCUAGUCUCAUCCGCCCGGAUACGCGGCUGUUCUCUUUACACCGAUUUUAAAAACAAAUAAAAAAAAUCAAUUCGCACUUGUUGAUCCUCUCCCGAUGACAGAACUCAAAAGGAUCCUAAUCGAGCCCAAAGGCUACUCGAAACACUUCGAAGACAUCAAAAAUAUAUUCGAGAACAGGAUAACUGUGCUCGAAAAAAAGAUGGACAUCCUCAUAAACACUUGCUCUUCGAUUCUGAGCUACUUCGAGGGAAAGAACAACGAGCACGAAUGCUGCUCGACCCUCGUGCUCAACAAAUUGAAUCUGAUCGAAGAGUUCAUAACAGCAUUUCCGAAACUUGACAUUUACAAAGACAAAACCGACAGCAAUGCUCCAGUUAUCCUUUUGAAUGAUGGCAAAACAAAUGAAUCUGUCGAGACGAGAAACUCUCACCAGGUUAUAGUUCUUAAUACCGAAGAAGAAAUACCGGAUGGUUCUUGGCUCGGUGAUCAGGACAAUCCGAAAUGUCGUGUUCGAGUCAAAAUCUCACCUUCCAAUCUUUUCCAUAUAAACGAGAGGUGCCAUACACCGCAGAAAAUGGCGUUAACACUUUUAGACUGUUUAUUCCCUCGGGAAGUCCUAGCCGUUUCAAAUUUAUCAGGAAAAGGAAAACACUGUAAAGAGCAACUAGACCCAUUGUUGAUUUAUGCCAUACGUUGUCAUCUUAUCUACAAGUUUAAUAUAACGGAAGAAGAAUGGCAUAAAAUCAAACAAAACAUUGAUUCAAAAUGUAGAGCUGUUUGGAGGAAAAAGAUGAAAGGGUUGCCUCUUCAGUCAAUGAGUACUAACCCGAAUAACCUCAUGUUUUCGGAACCUUUGAGUGAAGAAUCUUUAGAUGGAUAUCAACCAAGUACAAAUUUUAGUCCAAUUAAAGUAUUGAAAAAUGGAAAGGAUCAGCAGCAUCCUGGAGGUCAAGAUGGCCAAACAGUUAAAGUUUUCAGUGAUGAUGAGAUAAAAGAUUUAUUAUCUUCAUCGGUUGAACUGUUUUACGUGGACGACAGCAAUUGUUUCAACUUAGGAGGAAAUAAUCACCUAGUCAUCACGGAAAACUCAGACGCAGAUGCUUGCGAAAAGAUGACAGGGCUGGAUGAGGAUCAGCUAUCCUGAGAUUAGCAUAUCUUCCCAGAAUUAGAUUUGUAACAGGCUGUAAAUUAAUUUGUUAAUAUGAUUUAAAUAACGGAUAUAUUUAUUUGUAUACUACAAACAAAGUACCCUCUUUUCGUUGGAAAAAUAAAUAAACAUUUACAUUAUGUAUAAAGUUUUAUCUCUUAUAUAAUUACAUGUGUGUUGAUAGUUUAUAUAUAUACACACACAUAAUUAUUAUAUUUCAUGAUUGAUUCUAAAAAAAAAUGUAAAUAAAAAAAUGAACCAUACUUUUUUGAAAAUAUGAUCAUGCAUUGCUUCCUUGCUAAUAUUUCCAUUUUUAAAUUACAUUUGUUUAAAAUUAAUUGUAUAGUUUUUGUACAAUGUAAAAUUUUCAGUUUGUGUAGACUGUGUUGACUUAAAGAAUAUGAAUUUUUUUAGUUUCUUCAUAAAUAUAUAAAAUUAUGAAACAACAGAAAAUUAUAACCUGUAAAAGUUCGAAAAUAAAACAAAAAUCCUAAUAAAAAUAUGAUUUUAUGGCACUGAUUAACUACAUAUUCUUAUAAUACUAACUUAAUCCUAAUUUUUUUCAUUAUAAAAUUGACUUAACUGUCAAUUGUAGUUUAUAAAAUUAGAAAGAAUUCUUUC